UCUACUGUUCAGCUUAGCUCGCUCCCUUCUGUGAUACAGAGCCAACUCUUCCUCUACCCACCUGCAUUAUGGCAGUUGUUACUCCACCGGUCUCAAACUUGAAUAACUUGAAUUUGAUGAUUGCCCUUGGUUUGUGGGACCCACAAUCAUCCAGGAAAUACCCCAAGAAUGAAGUGAAUGAAGUAAAAUACCAGAGAGUCAAGAACACCUACGGUGGGGGCAGGAUGGUGAAGUUACUCAGUGAUAUCUGCUUGGGCUGCAUUGCCAGCAAUCUGGACUCGAUAUCAAACGUCAGACAGUAUCUCCCCGCAGUUCACAAAGAGAUUCUCCUGAAACGCCUCUCAGAUCAUGAUAUGUUGAUGACAUCGUAUCUACCCCAUGUGACGUAUAAUUUAUUCUCACCGGUGUUAAAACGUGUCGAGUUCUACUAUUGUGAUCAGCUGACAGAUGAUGUGCUUGUGAGUCUGGCAAGAAGUGGUUGCAAAUUGAAGGAAUUAACUAUAAAAAAAUGUUCAAAUGUGACAGAGGUUGGACUUCAAAAGAUCACUCGGGGACAAGAUGAGUUGACAUACUUCUACAUCAAGAGUUUUCCUGGUCUUGGAGACAAGGGACUGAUGCAUCUCAAAUCCAAAAACUUAACUACAUUUAGGCUGCAGAAUUGUCGCGAUGUAACAUCAGAGUGUAUCAAAACAGCAAUAACGAACAAUCCUUUCAUCAAUGUAGUCAACCUCAAUGACUCCGUCAAACUUGAUGACACUCUCUUCCCCGUGAUAGCAACAACUCUGAGAGAAAACCUGGAGAAGCUUCAUUGCCGUGACAUCCACUGCAUGAGUGAUUCCAGCCUGUCAAUGAUCGCUGAACAUUGCCCAAAUCUCCACACGCUCGAUCUGCUUGGCAGUAGCAAGAUAACAAAACUCAGUGUGGAGAAGGUGUUUCAGAAUUUAAGGAAGUUAAAGAACCUGGAUAUUUCCUACUGCCCAAAACUUCAAAACCAACCAGAUGUACACGUUUUAACCCAGAUGCCUUCAACGUUACAAGAGCUUUCAUUAUGUGGUGUAUUCAUAACCGAUAGGGAUAUUUUAGUCUCGGCUGUUCAGCGAUUGGAAAAUCUCCGGAAGGUCCGCUUGUGUGGUGUGCCGUCUCUUGAUGAUGAUGCACUGGAGGAGAUUUUGAAAGCAGUGGGCGGCAACCUUGAAAGGUUAGAUUUGAGCGGCUGUCGUGAAAUCACCGACCAUGGUUUGAGGGCCAUUACUAAAUACUGCCAUUCACUUGAAGAGCUUGACCUGACACAAGUAAAGAACGUCACUGGCGAGUCGUUGUUACGCCUGUUUAAAGAUGAGACGAGAGCUGAUCUGUUGCUGAGACUUAAUCUUCGAUGUAGUGUUAGUAAGUUCAAUGAGGACCUUCUCUACACCGUGAUCAGUAAGUGUCAUAACCUGGAGAUGCUCGACAUAGCCGGUCACCUGUUUGUGACGGAUGACAUUGUCCUGAGCAUCGCUGAGAAUUGCCCUAAGUUGAGAGAGCUGUACAUCAAAGGAUGUAAAAUGGUGACAGAUACAGCCAUUUGUGAGAUCGCCUGUCGCUGCCCGCUAACGAUACUGUCAAUAUCCGGCCUGCACAACCUCACCGAUAAGAGUAUCUUCGCUUUGGCCAACAGUUGUCACUACCUCGAGGAGCUCUACUUGAGUGGAUGCGCCCUCAUCUCGCGGGUGGCUCUCCGGUAUUUGCAGGAUUGCUGCAUCACUCGUGUUUACAUCAUGCAUAAAGUGCCAAACGCUGCCUCGAACAUGCUCAUGGCAAAGAAUUUAGACACCGGCGAGUUCUGUCGAGCUGAUCUCAUGAAUUAGGGACCGGCAGCUCAUCAAGUUUGUUGAUGCUGAAGGGGUUAUCUGGACAUGGUAUUUCCUGCGAUUGAUCAGUGGCGUUGCUAGUGUGCAAAUUCUGUCAAGGGAAAACUUGCAACAUUGAUGUUGUCGUUAUGUCAUUUGGAGCUCAUAACAGAAAGAUUUUAAAUUUAUUUGUCAGGACCAAUGUCGAAAUGCCAAUGUAAUUUUUUUCAUGUAUUAAUUACUUAGAAAUGUAUGAAAGUUCUGCUUCUUUUUUUAGUGUAUAUGGUGCUUUAAGGGAGAGUAUAGUACAUAUACAUGGAUAUUUUUCAUUUACAAAAUCUAUCUCUGUGAUAUGUGAAACGACUGUGUAUUAGUACCUGUUAUUAUUUGAAGGUUUCUUUACAUAUUAAUUAUGAUUAAGGAUUGUGAACUUGAGAGAAAAGUGCUCUUGAGAAGAUUUUUUUCCAAGCAACAGUCUUUGAGGGUUAGAAAACAUCCUAAGAAUUGAAGCUGAUGUAAUGUCUAGUCAUGCCAUUACAUUUCCAUGACAGCUAGUUAUACGUCACUGCAGUCUAUAUAUGUCACAAUAUUCAAUCAGAGUCCUAAUGCACGUGCAAAUGUGUGCAAGCUUUGUCUGUAUACAGUUAAUAUAUAGUUUGCGUGAAUCAGUUUACCUGAUUGUGUAUGUUACCAGUGGGCUAAGUGUGCACUGGGAUUGUCAUAGGAGAAUAUACCAAAAGCUAGGUUAUUGUAUCAAUCUUGCCAUUACAGGAGUGGUGUGUGUCAUCUUCAUGGAAACAACCACCUAAGUAAACCAAGUAAGGCCUUUAAAAUCAGGAAAACUUAGUUUAUUUUGCUCUGAUUUUGUUCAUAUAAAAUUUGUCUUUACUUUCUACUGUACGGUAUAUGUAUUUGCACUGCGGCAAACUUGUAGUUGGCCAUAAAAAACCACUUUUGUAUUCGACAUGUAAAAACCUAUUGGAGGAUAUACAGGGACAGUGUGAUCCAGUGUCCAAAAUAUAAAUUGUUGAUGUAA